CUUAAACCCCCUGUCACAUGAUCCUGAUGUCAGUCUUUGCAGCGGUGGCGAUGAUAAAGUAUUAAAGGCAAGCGAAGUUAGCCUCACGACUGGCGUAGAAAAUCUUGAAACUCGUAACUAUAAACGUUAGUGGUUUAUGUUACCGAGGACGGCGCUUUAUCGUCUCAAAAAAUCAGUGCGCUUGACUUUAAGCGUCGGUUGCUGUUGUUGUGAGGCUAACGUUAGCCUAGCUAGCACAACAUCACCUAGCUAGCUAGCUGCGCCCAGUCUGUUGUGCUGCCGUGAUUUCGCCCUGACUAACGACGGAGUAGCUCGUAAGCAGACCGCACAAACAUGACGCAGAUCGGUGGUGUCCAGUCACGGUGCCUGGCAGUAACGCUGCAGUUGAUUCUUGCUGCAGUCCUGCACCAGGGUUUUGCUACUGUUGCCCCGCCGACAACUGCCCAAACCACUGCUGCCCCACACAAGGAGCCCGGCAGACCUGAAAAAGGAAACUACCUGGUUACCAACAGCAAUGGUACUGCUUGUUUACUGGCAUCCAUGGGUCUCCAGCUCAACAUCACCUUCAGCUCUGUCUCCCAGAAUAAGACUGUGCAGGAUGUUGUGAACCUUCAGCCCAAUGUGACAAAGAGCUCUGGGUCAUGUGACUCAGACAGCGCCUCCCUGCAGCUCACAACAGAUGCAGAGAAGACCAACCUCACCUUUCUCUUCACCCUGAAUAUUACAUCCAAUAAGUACCACCUGAGUGAAGUGUCUCUGUCAGCAGCCUGGCCAGACAUGAAAGAUCCCUUCUUGGCGAAAAAUGGCAGCCUGGACUACCUGCGAGGAACCCUGGGCUACUCAUACAUGUGUCGCGAGGAGCAGACUCUGAAUGUGGCCCAGGAUUUGUCCAUCAACACCUUCCAGGUGCAGGUGCAGCCCUUCGGUCUCACAGGAGACCAGUUUGGAGCAGCUGAGGAAUGUCAGUUGGAUGAAGACGACAUGCUGAUCCCCAUCAUAGUUGGAGCAGCUUUAGCAGGUCUUGUCCUCAUUGUGCUCUUGGCCUACCUCAUUGGCAGGAAGAGGAGCCAUGCUGGCUACCAGACCAUCUGAGGUCACUUGUCGCUCAUGUUCCCUGAGGCCAGAGUGUACGAUCCCACCCUUGAGAUUAACCACUGUUUUAUGAGACUUAACCCCCCCGCCCCCCUCUGUCCCUCCACCCUUCAUCUCCCUGCCUCUAUGUGUGUGCAGUUCUUUGCCCUCAUCAGUAACACUAAUCAUUAUCACUUUGUGGAGGUUGAUCUGCCCUCUCUGAACUGACACGCUCUCAUUAAAAAAGGGGACUUUGUUUGGAGAUUGCAGUGAAUUGAGGAAGACCUCUAUGCUGGUACGAUGAAGCAGGGGAUGGAUGUUGAUCAGAGGGUCCAUGACAGUCCUCAAAUUGUAUUGUACUAUUUAUGAUUUCUGUGAAAGGAAUUUUGAGGGAUUGUGGGAUUUGCUGCUGUAGCUUUUCUUAUUGUUUAUCUGCCUUGGGGUGACCAUUUUAGUGUUGUUGCCCUAAAUGUGGUUUGUUAAUAUAAAGGGAAUAUUUCAGGCUGUUUAACCUUAUCCACUUCAGACACUUUUUUUAUCGCAACUCUGUAGUUAGCUCCAUUAUGCAGAUUUUAGGGAACAUACUAAAAACUCUGUAACGUAAUCCGGUUAAGGAAUCGUGAGGUGUCAUUAGCAGUUAGGAUGCAUGUAGGGAUUCAUUUUGUCUGCUUAAAGGUUCUCAACACAUUUUGAAUAGAGACUGUAGAUGCAGUUGUCAGCUUUGUUUGGGCUUUUUGACCCUUUUCACUUCACGCUUUACCUUCAUAUUUAAAGGAGCAAUUCAUUAUGUUAGGAAAUAAGCUUGUUUGCUUUCUUGCUGAGAGUUAGAUGAGAACGUUAGAUCGAUGUCAUUCACAUAUUUGCUAAAUAUGAAGCUACAGCCAGCAGGUGGCUAGCGUAGCUUUGCACAAAGAAAGAGUUGGUUUUACACUACAGUUUUUUGCUGUGCAGAUUUAAACAAAUGAGAUACAGUAUGUUUAGUGAGCUUUAGAGAUGCUAGUGGGCAGAUUUAGUUACCCUUGGACAGAGCCAGGCUAGCAGUUUGCCCCUGUUUCCAGUCUUUAUGCUAAGCUAACAUCUGCUGGCUUUCUCAGCAAGAAAGUAAAUUUCCCAAAAUAUUUAACUCUUCCUUUAAGUGAUAGCAGUCACUAUCUUUGAUUCUGCUGUUGCAGUGCGCACACACACACACACACACACACAGCAGGAGUUGCUUAAACAAUCUAAAAAUAACACUACUGUUGGUUUAGGUGGAUGAAAAAGCUCAGGACAUCACUGUCAGGACAUAAUUAUGUAGCUGUCGUUACAGUCCACUGGGUGGUUUUUUUGUUUGUUUUUCUGUCCCCUGAAUAUGGGUCCACUUGGGUUUUUGGUUUUGGUUUCUGAAGGGAAAGAAGUUGCACUAAAGUCCUGAGAAACAGCCCCAUGUAAUGAUUAAAGUGGCCAAAACGCUCUGGUCAGUGUUCAUCAGUGCCUUCCCAGCUGUAACAUAGAUGGGAUUAAAGUAAAGCCAACACCGCAGAUGUACUCACUCGCUCACUGACGCUGUCAUGUCCGGGACAUUUUCUUUGUGUCUCACAAAGCCUUUGUGUACUGUUACUACCAUAAAUAUGCAUUGUUUGAUGUAGUAGGAGAAAGUGUUUUUAUGUUGUUUUUUUUUUUUUUGUCUUCCUGCAUCUAAAUAUCCAUGUAGUGAUUUAAUAAGGUUUUAAUGGAUUUGUCUGAACUGUUUUCUAAAAGAGAGGUCAAUAAAAGUGAAUGAACGAAG